UAUUUUUGUUAAAGUCAAAGAGUACAUCCCUCCAAAACAACUUAGAGUCUUUAUCAACAGUGCUUGCAAUAAUACAUUUCUGUUUGUGUUAUGCUAUGCAUGUAUGUUGUUGAAAUGUUUAGUCGCUGAUUUAUAUGUUUUUUUUAAAUAAAGUGACAUCAUGACGUAUGACGCACGUCUCGGACACGCCCCCUUGUUCGAACGAAAGGGACAUGCGCGCGCGCUCACUUCCUCCACAGCUCCUGCUUCUUCUUGGUCUAUGUUGAUAGCGGCUUCUGCUUCCACACGUGUAAUCCUUUUCUAUGUCAAGCUCUCUCGUCGGGACCCUUUUAUAAGCUCAUCCUGCUCCGUCAGAAUAGGUGUAAAGCCAUAGAAACCGACAACCAUGGGGGCUUAUCUGUCGCAACCUAACACGACCAAGACCUCUUCCGAUGGCGGCAACAGCAACAUGAGCUACGGCUUCUCUGCCAUGCAGGGCUGGCGCGUCUCCAUGGAGGAUGCUCACAAUUGUAUCCCAGACUUUGAUGAGGACACAGCCAUGUUUUCUGUCUAUGAUGGACAUGGAGGUGAAGAGGUGGCCCUGUACUGUUCAAAGUACCUUCCUGGCAUCAUCAAGGAGCAGAAGACCUAUAAAGAUGGAAAACUGCAAAAGGCUCUGGAGGAUGCUUUCUUGGCCAUCGACAGCAGAAUGACCAGAGAGGAUGUCAUAAAGGAGCUGGUCCAGAUUGCUGGGCGGCCCACCGAGGAGCCGCCCGCUGAAAAGGUGGCAGAGGAGGAUGAUUUGGACACAGAGGAGGCAGCUUUGCUCCAUGAGGAAGCCACAAUGACCAUAGAGGAGCUGCUGGUACGCUACGGCCAGAACCGCAAUGCUGUCAAGCAUGCAGCUGCCUUAAGUGCUGCUGCAAAGAAGGCGUCCUGCUCACAUGCUGAGUCCUCUGGAGAGAAAGGGGAAGGUGGGAAAGGACAGAAGGAGGGGGUAAACGGAGAGGUGGAGGAGGAGAGCAACGGGAAGGUGAAAGAAGCCGAAGGAGCGGCAUGCGGGUCUAAGCUGCGAGCCUGUCGGAGAACAGGAGGAGGCAGUGCUGCAGCAGCAGUGGACUGUGGAGGGUCAGGAAGCUCCAAUGGAGAAGAAAAAGCUGGUAAAGCAGAAGGAGACGCAGGUCCCUCCUGCUCCUCCUCAGCCUCUAAGGCUGCAGGAGACUCCAAAUCCAGGUUUUUUGAUGACAGCGAGGAGUCUGAGGAGGGCGAAGAGGAGGAGGAGGGCAGUGAUGAAGAGGAUGGCAGCGAAGAGGAAGAGGGUGACAGCAGUGAGAUGGAAGAGGAGGAGGAUACGGAGGAGGGAGAGGAAGACUCUGAAGAUGAAGAAGAGGAAGAGAUGUGCCUACCUGGAAUGGACGGCAAGGAGGAGCCUGGCUCAGACAGCGGCACCACAGCUGUCGUGGCUCUAAUUAGAGGGAAACAGCUGAUCGUUGCCAAUGCUGGAGACUCUCGCUGCGUGGUGUCUGAGCGUGGAAAAGCUGUGGACAUGUCGUACGACCACAAGCCAGAGGACGAGGUGGAACUAGCUCGCAUCAAAAACGCUGGAGGGAAAGUGACCAUGGACGGACGGGUCAACGGUGGACUGAACCUCUCCAGAGCUAUUGGUGACCACUUCUACAAGAGGAACAAGGCUCUGCCUCCAGAGGAGCAGAUGAUCUCUGCGAUGCCAGACGUCAAAGUUCUGACACUUAAUGGGGACCACGACUUCAUGGUCAUUGCCUGCGACGGCAUCUGGAAUGUGUUGAGCAGUCAGGAGGUGGUGGACUUCAUCAGCGAGAGGAUCAAACCAGACCAGAAUGGCAAAGUCAGAGCCCUCACAGACAUUGUGGAAGAGCUGUUGGACCACUGUUUGGCUCCAGACACAUCUGGAGACGGGACAGGAUGUGACAACAUGACCUGCAUCAUCAUCACCCUCCGGCCACACCCGGCCACUGCUCAGCCAGACGACACCAAGAAGAGGAAGCACCAGGAGGAGGCAGGAGGAGCCGAGCCAGAGGCGAACGGGAACGACAGCAAAAAGGCUAAAAGUGACUAAAGCAAAGAGAAACUGUCCCCGAGGAAGCAGCUGGUCUCAGAUUACCCCUGAUACACCAGAGACCCAUUCUGUUCAAAAUUUAAACAUUCACUCACCCUAAAACAGAAAAAUUACAAUUGCUCAAAUGUCAGCUGAACUAAGAUCACCAUUGUAGUUUUUUUCCUCUGUUUUAGGCCGGUACUCACUUUAGCACCCUCUCCAGUUUCUUAUCAUUCGGUCUCGCUGGAAAGAAGCUGGACAAACUUUUACUUUGUUAAUUCAGAAGAGGCAGACUCACAGGCAUGCUGAAUAGCGCAUCACUAGUCACAAACACAACAUAUUGUGACUAGAGGAAAGCUGCAGAACAAACCAGACACGCACUGCACGUUGUUAAUCUUUUUCCACACUGCAGUUUUCAUUUAGUGGAAAUUUAAGGAGAGCUCGUGUAGUGACCUCUGUCUGAUGGCUGUUCACAAUUUACAGUCACACAUGCAUUUUCAUUGCACUUUUGCAGUAUGAAAUGAGCAUGUUACUUUUCCAAUAUGAAAUCGCACAAUGCUCUCUCUGUGUUGCACCCAAAUAACAAGGCAUCCAUUUUAUCUCAAAGUGCCAAAAAAACAUGAAUUCCUUUUGCAGGCACCAUCUCAAAUUAACCCAGAGAGGGACCUGAAGUAGCCACAGAUAGAUUUACAUUGCUUAAAGUUCACACUAGACAAUUAAUGAGAGGCUAUUAUUGUCUUUUGAAGCCCAAAAUAAGGAUUCAAGCUGCAGCAAGAGUGUGCGUGCUGGUCCAGUGUGGCACUGAAUGUGUUGCCUCCCUUUUACAGGUUCCACUCUCAUACCCCACCCUGAGUUUAUACAGGGCCAGCUUUUUAGUCACAGACUCUAAUAACACCUCUUUUCCACCAAUUAUUGGCUCUGUGGUGCUACCUAGAGAACCAGCCCACAUCUCUUGAGUGACACCAUUGUAAUCUUUAGUGUCGUCUACAGAGGGCGGUCGUCCACAACGGUAGUAAACAAUCGUAGCAAGAUGGUGGUUCACAUUGAUUACUGUUCUUGGAUUUAUUUGUUUUAAUCCAAAAACAAGCACGGACCAACUAGACUAUUAUGUGCCAUCCUCUCUUUCCAAUCUGCAGAAUGUGACAUGCCCACUUCUGUACGCACUUCAGGUAAAGGAAGACCUGCUGAAUUUAUCAAAUUCCAAACCAGUGUAGUUUUGGUCAAAAUGCUCUGGACGGUUCAGGAUUGUGUGCUCGACACAAAACCUAUUCCAUGUUGGUGGAAAAGGGGGUCAGAGGGACUGAAGGGUUUGGGGUACUAACCCAGUUGCUUUUGUUUCUCAUUUUUAUAUUUUCCCCAUUGGCACCCAUUCAUAAGUGAGGAUAUUAAGUCUUGCUGGUCACAUAACAUCACCAUCAUCUUGCCUCUUUUUUUCAUUCCUGCUUUGUGUCUUGUCUUGAGCAAAAUCUGUAAAUUUCCAGACAGAGAAAAGAUGCCGGGGUUUUGGGAGUUAGUGUACUUCUCAUCUGUAAGAUCUCAUAGCAGCAUAAUCGACUCGUUGCGUCUUAUGUGUCUGUGUGUCCAUCCAGACAGAGACACGGUUGAAGCCCUGGAUGUCCACACAGCCAGACUCUACCUUCCUCCACCCCACUUACACUCCCUGUCUGUCCUAUUUCUAUGGUAACAACUUUUUAAGAUCAUCUCUAGGACAUGUGUUUAAAGUAAAAAGUAUUUCCACUCAAAUGUUUUUUUUUUGUUCUUUUUAUUUUUGACAAAUCUGCUCUCUGGCAGUUUAAAAAAAAAUUAAUCAUUUUUGCAAGCACACUCUGAAAAAGCCCUGAUGCUGUAGAGUGGAGAGAAUGAUUACUUUUUGAGUGGAAAUACAAUUUGAAGUUCAGAGCACCAAGGCAGCGUAGCUGUUCAGAUUUUUUUGUCUUUAUUUGCAGAAGCCUCAUUUAAACCACAUUGUGUGACUGUAAGUUUGUUUCUAGUGUACUAUCUUGUCACCAUGCCCUUUUUUCUGUACAUAGUUUUUCAAUACUUGUAAUUGAAGAAAAGAAAAUGCUUUUUCUUUGUAAUUGUGAGUCAAUGUGACAUUUUUGGUGCAUACUCUUUUGACACCAGUAUGUAAGUACAUACAAAUACAUUUUUUUAAAUAAUGAGACAACUGUAA